UUCAGGACCGGAGCUGUUCAGGCCCAGUGUCCGGGAUGGCCUCGGACCCGGAGCCGGGGAAAGGCGGCACCGCCUGCACGGUGAGGGUGGAGCUGGAGUUCGCGGUGCAGAUGACCUGUCAGAGCUGCGUGGAUGCAGUGGGCAAGUCCCUAAAAGGGGUGACAGGUGUACAGAAUGUGGAAGUCCAGCUAGAGAACCAGAUGGUCCUGGUGCAGACCACCCUGCCCAGCCAGGAGGUGCAGGCUCUGCUGGAAAGCACCGGGCGUCAGGCUGUCCUCAAGGGCAUGGGCAGCAACGGACUGAAGAAUCUGGGAGCAGCGGUGGCCAUGAUGGGGGCACCCGGCUCCGUGCAGGGUGUGGUCCGCUUCCUGCAACUGAGCCCUGAGCGAUGCCUCAUUGAAGGAACCAUUGAUGGCCUGGAGCCGGGGCUGCAUGGGCUCCACGUCCAUCAGUUUGGGGACCUCACCAAGGACUGCAGCAGCUGUGGGGACCACUUCAACCCUGAUGGCACCUCUCAUGGCGGCCCCCAGGAUGCUGAGCGGCACCUAGGAGACCUGGGGAACGUCCAUGCUGAUGCUGAUGGCCGGGCCACCUUUAGGAUCGAGGAUGAGCGGCUGAAGGUGUGGGAUGUGAUUGGCCGAAGCCUGGUCAUUGAUGAAGGAGAAGAUGACCUGGGCCAGGGCGGCCACCCCUUGUCCAAGAUCACAGGCAACUCCGGGAAAAGGCUGGCCUGUGGCAUCAUCGCGCGCUCUGCUGGCCUGUUCCAGAACCCCAAGCAGAUUUGCUCCUGUGAUGGCCUGACCAUCUGGGAGGAGAGAGGCCGGCCCAUUGCGGGCGAGGGCCGCAGGGAACCGACACAGCCCCCAGCCCACCUCUGAGUGAAGCCUCGAAUGGCCACACAGGGCCCUAGUUGGCCUACCUGAGAGACA